CAACGGCUUAUUGCGUAUUGUUUUUUUUCCCUGCGUUUCUUCUGCCAUCCCAGUGCCGUCCCCAUGGGCACCAGCACCAAGGAGGAUACGAGCAAGUUCUUGGACAAGAACACCCGUCUGAAGCGACCCCUGUCGCCCCACAUCAGCAUCUACAGCUGGUCCAUUCCGAUGAUGAUGUCGAUCUCCCAUCGAGGGACCGGGGUCGCCCUGAGCUCAGGCAUCUCUCUGUUUGCCCUCUCCGCGCUGGUCUUGCCAGGAGACUUCGCCUCUAACCUGGAAGUGGUUCGCUCGCUGUCCUUGGGACCGGCACUUAUUUACUCCGCCAAGUUCACCCUGGCAUUCCCCGUCGCCUAUCACACGUUCAACGGCAUCCGCCACCUGGUGAGUCCCCAAAGACCAGGACCUGAUGCUUGACUGUGGUUGCGUCAGACCAUGUUGAGCGGGAGAGUCCGUGUGGGGGCAACAGAGACGUUAUCAGCCGCAGGAGAUCGGGAAUUGGCCUCAAUGUUGUACGCAGCCAACCAUUCAAAGGAUGAGAUUUUAUUUGGCACUGUUCUGGUCAUGUUUCACAUCGCAGUUCACUUUAAUCGAUUAAUAAUGCCUGCCAGGGAGUAAAAGCUGAAACCAGUGAUGAGCAGAACGAGACUGAGCAGCUGCUUCGGCCUUGAUCACGAAAACGCGGCGGUGUGACAGGAGACAGGAAAUAGCAGCCGAGAAUCUUGGAAUCUUAUUCUUGAUUUCGACGCCGGGCCACGUUGUAGUUCAGCAGUUUGGUCAAAUUCUCACACAGAUGAAUAGAGCUGACGAAUAUAAAGUAGUAGCUCACUUCCUAAUUUGGCUUUAACUCCGAUGGCUCCGAGGAAAUGACAGUUCUGGUCGGAGAUCACCGCUGUCAUGAUCAUUUCACUCACGAGGAAUGAGCGAGGGAGACAGAUGUGAGGGUGAAGGGGGGAAGCUAAAAAAGAUCCUUGCAGAGUUCUGGGCUGCUGAGCAGUAUUUAUAAACAGGGAAGUGGAAGUUACAGUCAACCUCCUCCCCAGCUUCGGGUAAAUAACACCAUUAAGGAAUGCAAGUACGCUUUCGAUAUUGACUCCACAAAAGCCGAGGAUGAAGUAAUGAUUAUUUGUUUGGCUACUUAAGUAUCGAUGAGAGCAAAUGAAGAGUGUGUGCUCAUUCCACACUACAUGGGAGUGUUAAGAAUGGUGCCACAAACACUGCAGGUUUAAUUUCCUGCUGUUUGCACUGAUGAGGUCUUAAUAAGAUUCAUUAAUGGCUUAAUUGGUUUACAUCAGGGGUGUCCAGCUCAGGUUCUGGAGAGCCCGUGCUGUUUUGUUUUGUUUCGUUUUUUCGUUGACAGGCACAACCAACUGGCUUAACUGGACCAGUUUAACAGCUGCUCCCCAGCUUGCUUUAUAGACCUAGUUACCCUGCUGACACAGUGCCCCCUGCUGGACCAGGACUGCACAUCUCUGGUUUUAAGUUUCUGAGCAGCUUCCAGCUGUGGGAGCUUUCAGGUUCAGACUUUUCCGGGUCAGUGCUGCUUGCUGGUGAUUUAUUCACAAAUAUGCAAUAUCCAGGGAUUAAGCUGGAGCAGAGGUCUUCUCCCCCUGGUAUAGCUCCAGCUAUAUCCAGCUCCAGAACUCCAGCCCUUUAAAUAACCAAUCACCAAUAAUUCCAUUUUGAUCAGUUAGAUGGGUGAUUUGUUAAAUGAAGUGAUUCAGUGAUCCCUUUCAGCCCUUGAGGUCCUCAGUUCUCUCCAUUGAACAGAUCUCUUGCUUGAUUCAUCAGUAGCCUACAGGUGUGGCCAGUCUCUAAAAACAGGUGACCUUUAAGGGGUGAGGCUGUGCGUUUAAAG